ACAGGUGGACGGUUGAUGAUAUUGGAUAAGUGGUCAAGCUUAAAAAUGGACCGUCCGUUUUCUUACCCCAGACCUCAAAAGAGAGCAUUUUUCCGGGAAUUUCAUUGAAUGUGACGUCAAUCAGAUCUAUCCUUUGUCUCAACCUUCGAUAAUCCAAAAAGGCUCUUCUUCUUGUAAGAAAAUGGCAGACACCAAACCAGGGUUGAGAAAGCCAGCUUUUACCAAGGUUGAUCAGCUGCGUCCUGGGACUAGCGGGCACAAUGUCACCGUGAAGAUCGUUAGCACGAAGAUGGUGUUACAAAAAGGUCGUGUAGAUGGUCCUCAGGCUCGCCAGAUGCGGAUCUCUGAAUGCAUUGUUGGAGACGAGACCGGAGUUAUCAUCUUUACCGCAAGAAAUGACCAAGUGGACUUAAUGAAAGAAGGAUCCACUGUAACUCUACGAAAUGCAAAAAUCGACAUUUAUAAAGGAUCAAUGAGGCUAGCUGUAGACAAGUGGGGUCGAGUUGAAGUCGUCACAGAGCCAGCGAGCUUCAAAGUGAAAGAAGACACCAACAUGUCCCUUAUCGAGUAUGAGCUCGUCAACGUUGUUGAAUGAACGACAAAACUUGUCGAAAUACUUUUGUUUUCCCGCUACAGAAAACCUUCAAUAAAUAAUAAUGGAAGUUAAUCGUACCGUUAAAUGUUGGCAUCAAGAAAGAGUUUUACCUGAUGUAUCUAUCUUGCACAAAGCUAUGGACGAGCGAGGCCUCUGUAAAAGUGAAUGUAGAGCUGUUGGGUUAAGUUGCUU